AUGCCGUUCCACUCCCACCAUUCGCACAAUGCGCAGGCCAACUCCCCCGCCUCUGGCAUCUACCAAGCCGCCGCAACCCUGGGUUCUAUUGGCGCUCCCACCGGCGGGCUGCGCGUCGCAACCUCAGGGACCACCACUGCGGGCACCGAUGCCUUUAUGCCAGGCACAGCAUCAGGUCUACCCGGUCCUGGCACCCUCGCAUCUGGGGGCAAUUCACACAAUCAGCAGCAUUUUGAGACGCCGCGGCGGGUGGACACGCUGGGGAGGAACCCCGAGGAGCUGCAUGUCUCCUCCGCUGCCAUGGGCCAGCACGGUUUCGCGCAAGCGCCGCAACACCAUAGCCAGCACCUGUACAACACACCCGACCAGUACUCAGCGGGCAGCGCUCCCAACAUCAGCCUGCAGCAAGCCACUCCCCAGGGCGCGCAAUAUAACGCUGCGCCGUCCGGCAGCGUCCCAGGCAGCUUGCAGCCGGGCACCUCGCAACGGCCAGCGCCUUCCGCCGCGUAUACCGCUCCUACUACAGUCCCCACCAUGCCUCAGAUCUCGACCAACGCCCAGCAGUACACGCUGCCGACCCGUUCCAACACCAUGAACGCCUCACAUUCCUCACAUACCUAUUCGAGGUCGAGUCCCGCCGGCCUGGAGCAAAAAUACAUUCCUUUCUCCAACUCUCCCGAUCCUAAGUACGGCGGCGCUCCUGGCCAGAAAUACUACAGCAACACUGCUACCACCCCCUCUGGAGCUGCCUCAAACUCGCCAUUAGGACUUGCAGAUAUACGGCCGCGCGCUAACUCUAGUAUGCAGGACGAAGCGAUGGGGGGCAGCAAUUUCUACAACGACAACGACCGAACACCGGGCAAUAGCAAUUACCUCGGACCAUGGCCUGUGUAUGCAUUCGAUUGGUGUAAAUGGCCGGUCCAUGGUAACAACAGCGCUGGCAAAAUGGCUGUCGGAAGCUACUUGGAGGAUACUCACAACUUCAUAACAAUCCUCGACACUCAAAUAACCCCGCAAAAAGACGCCUCUCCUGGCGCACCCCCGUUUGGCCUCGAGUACAACCGAGUCGCUGAAGCUACGUGCUCCUACCCUGUCACUCGAAUAUUAUGGGAACCCCCAUCUUCUCAAAAACAGUCAACCGACCUACUUGCUACCUCUGGCGACCACCUGCGAUUAUGGUCGCUUCCCCAACAACCUGCCUCAAACGUCAGCAACACCAUCUCUCGAAGCUCCUCUGUAAAUACACGAGAACCUCCCCCUCAGAAGCUCACACCUCUUGCUCUCCUAUCCAAUUCGAAAACCCCAGAACAUACCGCACCCCUAACCUCUCUCGAUUGGAAUACUCUGUCUCCGAAGCUCAUCAUCACCUCCAGCAUCGACACAACAUGUACGAUAUGGGAUAUACCGACUCUGACAGCAAAGACGCAACUCAUUGCGCAUGACAAAGAAGUUUUCGAUGUUCGGUUCUGCGCCGGCAGUGUUGAUGUAUUCGUCAGUUGUGGUGCUGAUGGCAGCGUGCGGAUGUUUGAUCUACGGAGCUUAGAACACAGCACAAUUAUCUACGAACCCUCGGAGAAACAGCCCGGAGACAAAGAAGGAGGCUCGCCAGCAGGACGCAUGUCGCCGACAAAAGCCCAGCAAACAAUGUCCUACGCACCUCCCCUCCUUCGACUAGCCGCCUCCCCGCAUGACGCCCACCUUCUCGCCACCUUUGCCGCCGACAGCAACCUCAUCCGCAUCCUCGACGUUCGACAGCCCGGCCAAGCCCUCCUCGAGCUCCGCGGACAUUCCUCCUCUGUGAACUCCCUCGAAUGGUCGCCCUCCCGCCGCGGCAUGCUCGCUUCCGGCGGCGACGACUCCCUCGUCCUCGUCUGGGACCUCAUUCACGCGCAAAACGGCGCCACCAUCAACGGCGACACGCCCGGCUCUUCUGCACCACCCACUCCCGCGGCCGCCGGCAACGGCGCCGCUGGAACGGCAGGCACCAUCGGCCAGAAAGGCCCCUACGCGAGCUGGCGGUGCGACUACGAGGUCGGAAACUUGAGCUGGGCGCCGCAGAGCGGGCUCACAGCGCAAGGGGGCGAGUGGGUUGGUGUAUGUGGUGGCAGGGGUGUGUGGGGCGUGAAGUUAUGAGGGAAUUUCUGUUUAGUGGAGCUAGGAUACGUCAGGCAUGAUUUCUUGGUCUUGUCGUGAACACUUUCUGAACCUUUGAUCUUUCUUUGCGUAUGAUAAAACAUGGGUUGACUAGGUUGAUGGAUCGAAUGCGGGAUAGCAUAGUCACGGUUGGCCGCCUGUCUCUUUUUGCUGGAAGACCUGUCUGGCGGUU